AUGGCGGAGACCGUGGCGGGUACCCGGCGGCUGAUCACCAAGCCGCAGAACCUGAACGACGCCUCCGGGCCUCGCAGCAACUUCCUCGAGAUCGAUGUGAGCAACCCGCAGACAGUGCGUGUAGGCCGGGGUCGGUUCACCACCUACGAAAUCAGGAUCAAGGUUGUAGUUCCCCCAGUCCCUGGGAAAGCAUUUUUGCGUCAACUUUCUUUUAGAAGAGAUGAUGGAAUAUUUGUUGACAGUUUUAUUGAAGAAAGGAAGCAAGGGCUGGAGCAGUUUAUGAACAAGGUCGCUGGUCAUCCUUUGGCACAGAAUGAAAGUUGUCUUCAUAUGUUUUUACAGGAUGAAAUUAUAGACACAUGUAAUGCUCCAUCAAAAAUAAGACAUGCCUGA